UGUCUAGUUAGCCUGCUACAUGUAAAGCAGUUUGAAAUCUUAGCUGCCUAACUAAAGGAAAAGCCGGAGGGGGGAUAUUGCGGAGAAGUAAAUAAUUGAAACGUUUCAAAUAGCAUAGUGGGACUGACACCAUUUGCUAGUUACUGUAAAAGCGACAAGAACAACCACAGUGCUCCCGUAGGCUCCUCGAGGUAUCAGACGGGCGAGUGCACUGUGUGUGGAUUCGCCCGAUUAGGAAGUUCAGAUAGCUAGCUUACUCGCCUAGCCUCCAGACUGUGUGUUUCGUUUAUUUUCUUUUAUUCUUUGCUCGCCAGUUAUUGACUUUUGUGGUAACUAUUUUCACACAGCUGACCAACUAGUCAGCUAGCCGGCUAAUCACUGAAGCUAGGUGUCGUUUCACACAAACGCCUUGGGGAUGGUAGCUAGCUAAGUUAGCUGCCAGCCAAACGAAAUGCAGUUCAGUAGGGGAGGACAACGGGGAAGAUGAGUCGUUGGCGUUGCGGUCCAAACAAAGAAAGGCGACGCGAGAUUGACAGAAUCAAUGUAUGAUACACCCGCAAGGUUUUUUUUGUUUUGUUUUGGUGGGCAAACACCCGUGUGUUCAGAUAAUAACCAGCAAGUACAGAGUUUGAGGUGAAGUAGCAUAGGUUGACGCACCACCGGCGGAACAUGGCAACAAAAGCCAAGUCUGGAGUGAACAAUGAGAGCGGUUCAUUUCGGGAGGGUGCCAACGCUGACAGCAGCACGGGUAGUCCCACACUGGCCGGUGCCGCAUCACUGUCACUGACCAACAAUAGGACCUAUUCACUGGAUGACCUGGACACCGUCGCUACGGUUGGGACUGGUACGUUUGGCCGAGUGUUCCUGGUCAAGGACAAGAAGACCAGGGGCUACUUUGCACUGAAGGCAAUGAAGAUUCCGGAUGUCAUUCGGCUAAAGCAGGAGCAGCAUGUUCACAAUGAAAAGGCAGUUCUGACCGAGGUCAACCACCCGUUCCUCAUCAGGCUAUUUUGGACGCACCACGACGAGCUCUUCCUGUACAUGCUGAUGGACUAUGUGCCUGGAGGCGAGCUCUUCAGCUACCUGCGCAACAGGGGCAGGUUUAAUAACGCCACCGGACUCUUCUAUUCUGCCGAGAUCGUGUGUGCCAUCGAAUACCUGCACUCCAAGGAGAUUGUUUACAGAGACUUGAAGCCUGAAAACAUACUGCUGGACAGUGAGGGCCACAUCAAGCUCACGGACUUUGGCUUUGCUAAAAAACUUGUUGACAGAACCUGGACUCUGUGCGGGACCCCGGAGUACCUGGCCCCAGAGGUGAUCCAGAGCAAAGGGCACGGCCGGGCAGUGGACUGGUGGGCCCUGGGGGUCCUGAUCUUCGAGAUGCUGGCCGGGUAUCCUCCGUUUUUUGACGACAAUCCAUUUGGCAUCUAUCAGAAGAUCCUUGCUGGAAAGCUGGACUUCCCCCGGCAUCUGGAUUUCUACGUAAAAGACCUCAUCAAGAAGUUCCUGGUCAUCGACAGAGCGAGACGUCUGGGGAAUAUGAAGAAUGGAGCAGAGGAUGUGAAAAAGCACAGAUGGUUCAAAUCAAUAGACUGGGAUAUUGUGCCCCAAAGAAAGCUGAAGCCUCCAAUAGUUCCCAAAGUCUCUCAUGAGGGGGAUACAUCCAACUUCGAUGCCUACCCUGAAGAGGAAUGGAAGAAGGACACACCGGUUCCUCCUAAGGACCUGGAGAUCUUCAAGAAUUUCUAAGAAGGGUUGGGAAACAAGCUGCUGUUGGAGAGCAGUGUCUAAUGGAUGAACUUGAAGUGAAGAGUGGUCAGCCAGUGGUCUUAUCCUUACAAGGCUACGCACAUUAUGCAAGCAUCAAAAGUCCUCCUGCAACUGAAAGACAUUUUCACUCUCAGUGCGUGUGAAACCACAACAAUCAGGUGUUUUUUUUUUUUUUUUUUAUUAGGCUUAUCUUUUCAGA